AUGGCUAAUUUAAACAAUUCGACUCUCAUGCUGCUGAACAAUUUCGUCGCUGCCCAUACCAUCAGCAGCAAUAACAAAAACGACGAUUAUAUUGACUUUUCCACCAGCAGCAGCUUCACGACGAGCAACAGCAAUAGCAACAGCAACCCGAACACAACAUUUUCGGCGAUCAAAAAUGACACGGAAUUUCUUGAAUUCUAUGGCGAAAUACAAAGCCUCGUAUCCAUAAUUGUGCCCAUCUGUUUUGGCAUCAUUGCAGUGACUGGCUUUUUUGGCAAUACUUUGGUUAUUUUAGUGGUGCUACUGAAUCAACAGAUGCACUCAACAACAAAUCUGUUGAUUGUAAAUUUAGCAAUUGCGGAUUUAUUGUUUGUUGUCUUCUGUGUGCCAUUCACAGCUGCAGAUUAUGUUACAGAUAUUUGGCCUUUCGGAGAUCUCUGGUGCCGUAUUGUGCAGUACCUAAUUGUGGUGACGGCGUUUACAAGCAUUUACACACUGGUUUUGAUGUCAAUAGAUCGAUUUUUGGCUGUGGUACAUCCGAUACGAUCACGCAUGUUACGCACAGAGAAAAUAACCAAAAUUGCUAUUUUUACCUUGUGGACGGUGAUACUGAUUAUAUCGUUGCCAGUACCAAUGGCUCAUGGAGUGUUGUUUGAUUACGAUGCUGAAGGCACAUUGCAGUAUGCGAUGUGUCAAUUUAUGCAGAACGAAUUCGUCUCGCAUUCCGCGUACCAAAUAAUAUUCCUAUCCAGUUCGUAUCUGCUGCCAUUGAUGAUAAUUAGCGGCCUGUAUGUUCGUAUGAUAAUGCGAUUGUGGCGACAGGGUGGCGUCCGUAUGUCUGUGGAAUCACAACGCGGUCGCAAACGCGUAACGAGACUUGUGGUGGUUGUGGUCAUAGCAUUCGCAUCAUUAUGGCUCCCGGUGCAGCUCAUAUUAAUGUUGAAGGCAUUCAAAAUUUAUCAAACCAACACCAAAACGAAGGUGAUACUACAAAUUGUGGCACAAACACUGGCCUAUACGAGCUCCUGCAUUAACCCUGUACUCUAUGCAUUCCUAUCGGAAAAUUUCCGCAAAGCUUUUCGCAAGGUUAUCCCGUGUUCUGAAAUGCCACCGAAUUACACGCUACAACAGGAAUUGCCACCAGCGAGAAGGACAUCCUACGCCAGGACAUCGACUACGGGCUUAUGAGCUACACACAAUCGGCAGGUAUAGAAGCAACAACAACAGCAGCAAACGUAAAGUACUGCACUGGCUGGGUAUGUUGUUGCGGUAUUAAUAAAUUACGAGGUAGAAAACAAUACUAAAACCGAAAAUAUUAGUCAAAACAAGCAGCGAAUAUAAUAGAUAUAAUAAACCAAAAUAUACGAGCAUUACGGAAAUAUUUUGGUAUCUGCACAUUGUUUUCAUCAUUCCCGUCUCUUUAUUUGGUUAAUAAGGCAGUUGCGGUGCUGCUGGCGUUGUUAAUUAACACUUUAGCUACUUUCUGUGUCGUUUUGUUUGAAUGGUUAAUCUGUCCGUCUGUCCAGCUGUCUGUCUGUCUGGCGAUGAAUUUCACAGUUAAUCUGUCUACGUACUUCCACAGUUGUUUGUGCUGCUAGCGCAACUUUUGCACAACAAAUACGAUCCCAUAAACACAGCUGGUAUACAUAGAGCAGGCAAUGGUUAUCGCAAUGUGGACACAUUAUCCUUGCGUCCGUCAUCCUAGUCAGCGUCGAGACAAAACAAGGGAAAUAAAGGAAAAAAAUAACAAAAAUUGAUUUAUGUAUUGACAUAAAGCAUAUAAAAAAUAAACGGCGACUCAUCAAUAUAUUAGUGCAUGAUUAAGUGAGUUCAAGGAUAAUGUUCAUAAUGAACUUGUUAAGUUUGAAUAAAAUGAUGGAAUUGAUUUUCUU